AUGGUUGCGGGCACCGAAAGCUUGGGGAGACGGUCGACCGCCAUAGCUCAUUCUGUAGCACGCGGCCGGUGUCCUGAGCACCGCGCGCGCCUUCAGCUUACCGAAGCGGAUGACCUCGCCACGCCGGGUUUCGCAGAAGUCGAUGUCGAAGUCGGGCAUCGACACACGUUCCGGGUUCAGGAAGCGUUCGAACAGCAGGCCGAGCUUCAAGGAUCGAGUCGGCGACGAUCAGGAGCAGCCAGGAAAGCCCAUCUGGAUGAUGAUGAUGUCGACCUCGGGCGUGUUAGAUUCGUGAUAGGCCUCGCGCCAGCCGGGUUCGCCCUCGCCCCUCCAGUUCGGCGAUACGACGAGGCGAGCCUCCAGACCGGCGGUCGCGUCGCGACGAAGCAUCGCCGCCUCGCCUCACGGUCGCCCGCAAAGGCUGGGCAGGAUGGCUUGCGCCAUGGAGCCAUGACGGGGCAGCGCUGCGCGACGACCAGCGUGUUGUCGAUCGCUUCGGAAGAUCGGCGAAGAACUGCGCCCAUCACCUCGGCAGGCUUCAGCCAAGCCCGGGCGAGCUUUUGGGGCGGUCGUCCAUUUCGACAUAGGUCGAAUUGGCGAUGCACAUGGCGUCAUGCGCAUCGCGGAACCCGCUAUCGGCAGCAGCAGGGUUGGUCGCGACCGGGGGCAGAUCGCGGUCAUAAACCAGAUCGAUCAGAUCCUGCUCGGCGGCGAUCUCCAGCCGGUCGCCGAACAUCGCCUGAAGCCGGUCCGCAGGCCUUGCCUGUCGGGCUGCCCUCGGGCGGGCGGGCGAUGCCCCCCGCCGCCCGCCGUCAGCGCGAUCAGACCCGGUGCUGA